AUGGGUUUAGCGGGGCCGCGGAAGAGUACCAAGAUCGGUAAUGAUCCCAAUAACACGAAUUGGACUCGGUCCACAACCGGGUUCGGACAUCGGAUCAUGAGCUCUCAGGGCUGGACUCCUGGUAGUCUUCUGGGAGCAAAGGACGCAGCACACGCCAAUUUGUUGACCGCCGCCAGCGUUUCCCAUAUCAAAGUCACACUGAAGGAUGAUAAUCUCGGAUUGGGUGCUCGCAUUGCACGAGAGACUGAGCCGACUGGACUUGAUGCCUUCAAAGGAUUGCUUGGCCGACUCAAUGGCAGGAGUGAAGUGGAAUUGAAGAAGGAUGAACGAAAGCGCGAUGAUGUUCGAUUGGCUCGAUAUGCCGCCUUGAAAUUCCCGGAAGUCAGGUUCGUCAGCGCUGGACUGUUGACACAGGAAAAGGAACCCGAGCUUCCUCUGCCGACCCCCAAGGACACAUCAUCCAAGAAAUCCAAAUCGGAUAAGAAAGAAUCAGAGGACGACGAAACUUCUUCAAGUGAAUCGGAUGCCCCAACGCGCAAACCCAAGUCCAAAUCCAAAUCCAAGUCAAAGUCCAAAUCCAAGUCCAAAUCCAAGAAAUUGCGCUCUCGAGACGAAACAGAUGGCAAUGAAUCAAGCUCGGAAUCAAAGAAGAAAAAGAAGUCCAAGAAGAGAAAGGCUGAUUCCGAGGAAAGUGAUUCUUCCGACAAGGCAGCUAAACCUCAAGUCAAGGUAGCAGCAACAAUAUCUAGGGAGCGGCGGCCUAUGGGACGGAAUGUCACUCGGUCACGCCAUAUCGCCCAGAAGAAGAGAGCUAUUAUGGACGAUAAGUCUCUCAACGAGAUCUUCAUGAUCAAAGCAUGA